AUGCAGCCAAUACUUUUUAGCUUUAUUUUAAAUCAUUUCUUGAACGCGAAUAUUAAUGCGGUUGUAUUUUUCAAUUGUUGGAGUGCGCAGGCUCAACGCUAUCUUUCGCACUUGACCAGCCAGAGGUUAUGGUACACACGAUUUGUAAAUAUCGAAUCAAUCGACUUGUCAGUUGACUUUGAAUAUCAAUAUUUGCUGCAUAAUCGUCAAAUUUUGGGGGCAUUUCUUGAUGUGAACUGCAAUAAAUCGGAAGAAGUAAUGAACACACUCAGCCGUUGGCACCUCUACAAGGAGCACUACAAUUGGCUGCUUUACGAUCGUUCAGAUGAUAUGCACAAACUGCAAUGCCUUUUCACGAAUGCCAAUCUCUCCGUAGAUGCACAGCUCACCUAUGCCACCCUGAGGUCACCACUCCAUGACACACCGCCCCACACAAAUGUAUCCUUCUAUACAACGUAUGAUGUCUACAAUAAUGGACGCCUUCUGGGUGGCAAACUGAAUGUGACCAUUGAUCGCGAGUAUCAAUGCAAUUGGAAAGUUUGCCAUGUAAGCCGUUACCUCUCCGAACUGCAUUUGAGACACAAAUAUGGCAAUCGGGAUAAGCUGCACGACAUAACUAUGCGCGUAUCCACUGUGAUCACUAACCGACCGCUUAGCUGGCCUGUGCCUUUAUUAUUGGCGUACCUUUCCUCAGAGAACAACACUGAAAUUGAUCCAAUAUCUCGUUUCGGGUAUCAAGUACUGUUAAUUUUCAAGGAUAGCUUCGGUUGUAACAUGAAUCUCACCUUUUAUGAUCGCUGGAGCACCAAUGAGACGCAUGGUGGCACUGUAGGUGACAUUGUCACUCAGGCCGCUGACUUUACAUCCACUCCCUUUCUCGCUACUGCCUCUCGUCUCAAGCAUCUUUCGGUUAUCGCCGAAACUGGCGCUUUUCGCUCGCUCUGUCUCUUUCGUACGCCGCGCAGCGGCAGCAUGCGAGGUGAUGCCUUUCUACAACCAUUCAACAGCUCUGUUUGGCUUGUUUUCAGUAUUCUCUUGGCGAUUCUCGCGAUUUUUCUUUGGCGUGCUUUCGCUGUGGAAAUGCGCAACUUUAGACGUCGUUUGCCCUAUGAGCCUUCUCUGCUUGCCACCUUCCUAUUGGCCUUCGGCUCGGCUUGUUAUCAGGGUAGCAAUAUUGUACCAUUUUCGAUGGGUGGACGUAUGGCCUAUUUUACACUAUACUUUGCUACCUUCAUAAUGUAUAACUAUUAUACAUCAAUUUUGCUUUCAACGCUGCUGGGCACACCGGUGAAGUCAGACAUUAGAACGUUGGGUCAGUUGGCUGAUAGUUCCCUGGAGGUUGGACUACAACCAUUGCCUUACACUUAUGUGUACUUGAAUGCAUCUCAACUACCCGAAGUACGUCGAUUUGUGCAUCGUAAAAUUGAGGCAAAGCGACAUCCCGAAAAUGUUUGGAUGCCCAUGGAAGAGGGUGUUUUACGUGUGCGUGAUGAACCCGGUUUUGUUUUCGUUCUUGAAACAUCGCAGGGUUAUUCAUUUUUGGAACGAAACUUCUUACCCCACGAGAUUUGUGAUCUAAACGAGGUUAUGUUGCGUCCAGACAAAAGUCUAUACACCCAAUUGCACAAAAACUCAACCUACAAGGAGUUGACACGCUUGAGAGCCGUUCGCAUUAUAGAGACAGGCGUUUGGCGCAAACAUCGUCGCUAUUGGGCUAAGGACAAACUCAAUUGUGUACCCAGCAAUUAUCUCUUUGCUGUUGGCAUGGAGUACACGGCACCGCUAUUUCUGAUGUUACUUUUCUCAUUUGUUUUGUGUUUACUGCUUUUGGGAGUGGAGCUGCUCAUUGAACGUCUGCUGGAACACCGGUGUCGCCAUGUCACAGAGAUUUGGAGGAGUAUUUUGGCGGAGGACGUAAUGUCUAAUUGA